AUGGCGACAUCAAGAGUGGCACUUCCAAGUGCACCUGGGCCUUCAUCCUGCGGUGAGUCCGGCAAUUUCACACUCACUUUUGACGACACAGUUGUCGGCGAUGACGAUCAAGUCCUACUUGUCGCCAAUGGCAUGCACAACCCCUAUCAUCACCUCUUCUACGCCAACGGAUACACAUACAUACCCGAUAUGUGGGAGCCAUAUGCUUCUAUUUCGCAGCCCAACAUCGCCAUGUUCUUGCCUUUGACCGGAACUCUCCUUCCCAACACUCCAUUUGCAGGCACGCUGCUGCCAGGCGAGCUCGGUGCUGGACCACGGGCUCCAGUGAACGCGUACUGGUUCAACGCGUACUCUGCAUAUUUCGGAUGUGCUUUGAAUGGUCUCACACCUUGCACGCUACGGAUUUCAGGCUAUCGCUAUGACUCGACACUUCAGAGGGAGGUCCUUGUUGCAGAACAGAAUGCAACACUUCCAGCAUGUUGGGGCUACAUCAACUGUCGGCUGACGCAGAUCAUCUUCAGCGACCAGUUCCAGGCACUCUCGGGCAUCCAGUUCAAGGCGUACACAUACAACCUGAAUAUACCGCAGGUGCACAUGAUGGACAAUCUGCAGAUGGAGUGGUACAACAACACAUGCUCGGCGGGCAUACUGCGCAUUGGACAUAGCUAG